UCGCAAUUGUGCUCAAUGGUGAACGCUGUUGUCGCGAAGCUGAAGAUUGAAUGCAACCGAUCGUCAACCAAGAAUCCCCAAGCAGCAGCAGCAAAGCGAAGGAAGCAAAACCCCAAAGUAACAGCAAACGGCACGGUAAGGCUACGAAGAAGAAGAAGCGCAGUGAAUCAGUAGCCUUGCGGAAGAUCAUCGAAUUCGCGUUUCGUAUGUGCUUGCAACUUCCGGACAGCCAGCGGGACAAAAUUUUUGACCGGUGCUCCCAAGUGUGUGCCCUCCGUGAAAACGAGAAAAGAGGUUUUCUUUCUUUUUCUUCUGAACUACAAUGUCGCGAGAUAUCGACGGUAGAAUGUGUGUGUAUAUUUACUAGUGUGAUAGUGUGAUGGCCCACGGGAACGAAGCGAAGUGUUGGAUGGUUCUGUGUGCAUUUGUGGUAGUGUCUGCAUCGGACGAAACUUUCCCCGCGCUUCGAUUAUUUCUACAUUAGCGUUUCUGAUGUUAGCCGAAAAGUGAGACUGCAGUGUGUACCAAAAUAAUUUAGCGUCUUUCCAUUCUGCAUGGACUGAGGAAGUCGGCGUUUUGUUGUGUGGUCACUGCCAGAAAAAGCGAAGGGGAGCAAUUUUCGAACGAAACAAGUUUUCAUUCAUUAUCUUCCAAAGUUGCUGCUGCGUAUCAAAUAUUCACCAAAAGUGCGAAAGAGACACAAUUUGCGGGAAGAGAUCAAAGCAGCAAUCGUGAUUUUUUCUUGUUCGUAGUGCUGCUGGGCAACGAUACCACGAGAAAAAAAAAACAGGCAGCCGAAAAUUUCUAAGCUGCUAGAAUAUAAAUUCUGCAUCUGCCAGAGACACAGCUUACAUUAGACAAAAUGACAGAGGAAAUCUACCCGAAAACCCUCUAUGUGGGAAAUCUCGACCUGUCCGUUACGGAAGACUUACUGUGCGCCCUGUUCGGUCAAAUGGGUGCAGUGAAAAGUUGUAAAAUUAUCCGAGAGGCCAGCAGUGAUCCGUACGCAUUUAUCGAAUAUGCCAGCCAUCAAUCUGCCCAGACGGCCCUUGCCGCGAUGAACAAGCGAUUGUUUUUGAAGAAGGAAAUCAAAGUGAACUGGGCCACCAGCCCUGGGAAUCAGCCGAAAACGGACACAAGCCAGCACCAUCACAUUUUCGUGGGAGACCUCAGUCCGGAAAUUGAAACCGAAACUCUGCGCGAAGCGUUCGCCCCGUUCGGGGAAAUCUCCAACUGUCGGAUUGUGCGCGACCCACAGACUCUCAAAUCGAAGGGCUACGCGUUUGUGUCCUUCGUGAAGAAGGCGGAAGCGGAGAACGCAAUUCAGAUGAUGAACGGCCAAUGGCUCGGCUCGCGAAGUAUCAGAACGAAUUGGUCCACAAGGAAACCACCAGCGCCGCGUGAGAAUUCAAAGGGAAUCAAGUGUGGCAAAACACCUGGCUUCGAGGAAAUCUACAACAAUACUGGUCCGACGAAUACUACGGUUUACUGUGGUGGCUUUCCGCCCAACACCAUUUCUGACAACCUUAUCAAGAGUCAUUUCGGCCAAUUCGGGCAAAUUCAUGACGUGCGGGUAUUUAAAGACAAGGGUUACGCAUUCAUCAAGUUCACAUCGAAGGAAGCGGCAGCCCGAGCAAUCGAGGGCACUCAUAACAGCGAGGUACAAGGCCAUCCAGUUAAGUGCUAUUGGGGCAAAGAAAACGGCGGAGAAAUGGCGAGCAAUGGUAUCAAUGCAGCUGCAGUCGCGGCAGGAAUGGUAGGCAUUGGGAUGAACAGCAUAGGUGGUAACCCGCUGCAAUCUCAGAAUGCGGCGGCCGCCGCAGCAGCGGCUGCUGCAGCCGCGGCAGCUCAACAACAUGGUGCAAAUCAGCAGCUCUCCCAGGCAGCGGCAGCAGCCGCCGCCGCUGGAGCUCAGUAUCCUUAUUCGGCUUAUGGACAGAUGGGUUAUUGGUACCCGGGUUAUCCACAGAUGCAAGCACAGUACAUGCAGCAAAGUUAUGCGUAUCCAUAUGCAUAUGCUGCAGCCAGCCCGCAGCAAGCAGGAACUGCCGGAUACCGUAUGAUGCAGCCGAACCUCGCUGCCGGAUGGGGCAUGCAAACUGUACCAGGAGUUUCCUCGAAUGGGGCAGCCGCAGCAGCAGCAGCCGCCGUUGCUGCUGCCUCCAACCAGCAACCGAUGAUGUAUGCAACAAUGCCACAGUUUCAGACGCAAUGA